UUGAGGGUUUUUUAAGAGUAACAUGACCUACUUGUAAUGUUACUGCUAUAGUUCACUGAUCAGAUGAAAAGGUAAUGUACUCUUAAGCUACUGGCUGGCAACAUAUAUUUACAUUCCUAAAUUAUUGCUCUUUCAUAUACAUCUGAAAAACACUACAAUGAGUGAGGUUUUUUAUGCUUUUUAAACAUUUCAAAGUGUAAGGUGCUCUCCCUAAAAAAUACUGUGCAGGCUAUUUCUCAGUUUUCCAGAACAACCAAGCAAAGUCCCUGCACAACUGCCACAUUUCUUGCAUAUUUACAUCAACUUUUUGCAAUCUCCCCUCACAAAAUAAGUCCUGAAACCCAAAAAAGAUGAAAUGUGAUCCUUCCUUAAUUAAACUUGCGUCAGCUUUCUCACAUUAAUCUAACUAGCAAUUUUAUGUCCUAUUUCUGAGCCUAUGAUGAAGAUAACCACACCUUUUUAAUUCACAGUAAUUGUAAUUAUAAUUACUGUUAUAAGGUGCCUUUGAAGGAGCUGCUUCCUACUAGAAAGGCUUGCUAUCUCAUAGUUACUUUUGUUUAGUCCCUCAUUUAGGCUUAAUUUAAACUUAAUUCAUCCAGAGCAUUUAGUUCUCAUUUUUACAUGUGGUUUCUCAUGGAUCUAUCUCCCAAGUGAGAUCACUGCCCAUAGCUGUUACUUUAUGGGACAGUGUAAUCAGAUUUCAGUUCCAGAAGGAAUUUGCAUGUAAAUAGUCUAGCUCACUUACAGGUCCAACAUUUGGUCCUUCAGCAAUGUUGAGGAAGCGAUGACCCAAGCUGUGGCACCACCUGGACUGGGUGGAUGUAAAUAACAGCCAGGACUGCUGUCCAGACUAGAAACAGCCUUUUUACAUGAUUUUUUUUAAUAACUGUUCCACUUUAAUACCAAUUUCCUACGAACUGAAUCUCAUCUUUUCUAAGGCUUUUUGUUAAGGAGCAUGUGAACUAUUGAAUUUAUGUAUAGUUAAGCUGUGAUGGUCUGCACUACUCUUGCAACUUGUCCAAGCAUCCAGCACAAACAAAGCAGCUGUUUUGCAUAGAAGAACUCCUCUGUAAGAUUUGACAGCCAGUUAUUCCAGCUGAAGCUGUGGUGUAGAAGAUAAUGGAUAAUGAAGAAUUGAGCCCAUGAUGCAGUAGCUAGUGCAAGUCAGUCAAAGAGCAUGUUUCCACAUAGAGAGUUAUCCAUCAGUCACAAAACAGCUCAACCAAGUGGUUGGUACUAAAAUGAUAUGGGUGGCUGUCAUUGGUGACUGGUUCAACCUCAUAUUUAAAUGGAUUUUAUUUGGCCAUCGCCCUUACUGGUGGGUGCAAGAAACAAUGAUUUAUCCUAAUCAGUCAAGCCCAUGCCUUGAACAGUUUCCUAUAACAUGUGAAACUGGACCAGGAAGCCCAUCUGGACAUGCCAUGGGAUCAUCCUGUGUUUGGUAUGUAAUGGUCACAGCAGCACUUAGCUACACAGUUAGAUGGAAAGAUAAAUCAGCUGUUACCCUUCACAGACUAACAUGGUCAUUCCUCUGGAGUAUUUUUUGGAUUAUCCAGAUCAGUGUGUGCAUCUCAAGAGUAUUCAUAGCAACACAUUUCCCUCAUCAAGUUGUUCUUGGAGUAUUUGCUGGCAUUCUUGUGGCAGAAGCAUUUGAACAUACCCCUGAAAUUCAGACAGCAAGCUUGAGAAUGUACAUCAAGACAAACUUGUUUCUUUUCCUCUUUGCCCUUGGCUUUUAUCUGUCCCUCAAGCUUCUUGAUAUUGACUUGCUAUGGUCUGUUCCAAAGGCCAAGAAGUGGUGUGCCAACCCAGACUGGAUAAACAUUGACACAACUCCAUUUGCUGGACUGGUGAGGAAUUUAGGUGCACUCUUUGGUUUAGGUCUUGGACUUAAUUCUGAAAUGUUCAUCACGAGCUGCAAAGGUAAAAAUAGCUGCAAGAUAAGUUUCCGCAUAUUGUGUAUAGCUGCUUCUUUAGCUACCCUGCAGCUGUAUAAUUUUGUUAAGAUACCUACUCAUACUGAGUAUUUGUUCUACAUUCUCUCUUUCUGUAAGAGCGCAGCUAUGCCUCUCACUGUAGUUGCCUUGGUUCCCUACUGUGUCCACUCGUUAAUGAGGACAACUGAAAAGAAACUUAAUUAGGUAAAGUUUCAAAAUGGUUAGCAAUGUGGGGAUGGAUGUGAACUGUUUGAGAACCCUCUGCAAAGGCAGUUUUGCUAAUUCAUUUAAACCAAGGGGAUGCCACUGCAUCUUUCAUGUAUUCCUGGUAAGUAACCAGUACAUCCAAAAUCAGUACACUCAAGCAGAUGAGAAAUAUUAGUUGCUGAUUUUAUUCCUAGAAAUAUUGCAAGCACACUGCAGUAUGGUUAGAAAUGGCCCAAUACUCUGUGUCAUAAUGAAGUUUUAAAGUAUAACCAACCAUCUUUAUUUAGCUAUAUGGUGGUCUUUCAGUUCUGUCCAUCUCUAGCUAGAUAAUGCUUCAAGCAUCAGCUGUACAUAGUGAUACUCGAUGUUUCAUUUUUUUAUAAAUAGAUACUGUGUGUUAUACUGCUCCAUAAUGGUGUGACAGUAUCACACCACCUAUUGUAGGCUGUACCCAGGCACUGUGAAAAAGGCCAACAUAGUUAUAAACAAGGCUUUAGAUUUAAUUUAUUGAGCUUCCUGAGCAAACCAGCUUCUGAGUAAGUCAGAUGAGAAAAAAAAGUUUAUUUCCAUUGGACUCUGUAGAAUAUAUUUUUGCAUUACUGUGUGUUUUUUGUCAUUUUUACUUUUUAGAAGGGGUCACGUGAAUCAUGAAUAAUACAGAUCACAACUUCGAAUGGGGAAAUGCUUAAAUAUGGUGUAAAAAAUCUUUGGUUUCUGUACAUCUACACAGAGCAACAAAAGAAAAAAGGUGUCAAUAGUGAAAUUAUCUCAGUAUAUGACCUCAAGAAUGUUGUUCCUGCUCCUGUAUUGCAAAGUUAAUUCCCUGCUAAUUCUCUCAGAUCAACAGUCACAAGCCUGAAUCACUGUUAGCAGUUGUGUAAAUCAUGAAAAUAUUGUUGCAGACUGUCACUUCAAGUUUCUAUUCUUUGUUUAACUAAGCACACAAGUAACUAAUAUGUUGAAUAUAUGUUUGCUAUAUAAAAUGGAUUUUCUAAAGGGGUACUUUCCAUUUUAUUCAUUAUUUGGCAUCUAUUGUUGUAUAUUUCCUUUCAGUGCACAAUCUUUAAGUAGUAUUUUGCUGAUACCAUCCCAUAAAAGUCUCUCUCUGUCUAUAUAAAUAGAUAUAUAUAGCCUUAGUAUGCCUGGCUAAAAUAUGAGUAAUGAGGGCUGCAUAUAUAUGAUCUGAAAGCAAUAAGACUUAGAAGAUGUAAACAUGAUAUUGCCUCUAGACUUCCAAUUAGGUAGGAGGUAAUUGAAAGAAUCUUAUUUAAUUGGGUAAACAAGGCAAAUAGUUUGGUGUUGGCCUUUGGGAAUGAACAAGAUACAAAUUACAGAAGCAAAUCUGAAACAGGCAUCCAUAAUUAAGAGCCUAGUAAGACUACCAUGACUUAAGAAAAUUAAUCAUUGAGGAGUAUUCUGCUUCAUGUAUCUCCUGAUAUCUUCUCUAAUGGUUCUCUGAACUUUUUCCCACAGCAGCUGACCUGAAACCACUCUUUCUUAUAAUUGUGACUCCUUAAUCAAAAUCACUAAGUUCAUGGGACCAGACACAAACAAAGACAGCUGUGACAAAGAUUUCAGCUGUGUUCAAGUUGCUGUGUGCUUUGUUAUUCCCUACCAUGUGAGAUGACCUACAGAGGCAUCACAGAGCAGUAGCAGGUUGAUUGAGUUGUUCUUCUGUUCAUGGCUCCUCCUAGCCAGCAGUAGGAGAGUCUUCAUGCACAGCUGUCCAAGGUUCUUAUAAUAGCAUCUGCAUUUGGUGGCAAUUUGAAGCUGGGAGUUAUGGGUAGGGAUCACAUUUCUAGGCUUCUAAUCACAUGAGAGUCUCUGUUUCCCAACACUGACAAAGAAUCUGUUGGAGUAGCACCCUUCCCAACAUUUAGCUCUCUGUUUCUCAGUUGCCUGGGAAGAGGAUAACGUUACACUCACUGAAGAGCAGCAGCACAAUCACCCAGCUUGGGGCCUGGCCCUGUGCUGCUGCAGGGAGACAGCAGGCUCCUGUGCAGGCAGGAGUUGGCCUUGUCUGCAGCUCCAUCCUGAACAGCAAACCCUUGGCACAGACAUGGUACUUAC